AUGGAUAAGAAUUCAAAAGACAGGUUCAUGGAAGGCAAAGAGGGUGGCGGAGGUGGUGGUGGAGAAGUGAAAUACCGGGGAGUUAGGCGGCGGCCUUGGGGCAAAUUCGCGGCGGAGAUUCGGGAUUCCAAUAACCAUGGAAAACGAUUGUGGCUGGGGACAUUUGUCACUGCAGAAGAAGCUGCAAGAGCAUAUGAUCGUGCUGCUUAUACAAUGAGAGGUUCAUUUGCAGUUCUUAACUUCCCCCAUGAAUAUCCUUCUUCAUCGACUUGUUCUUCAUCGAAUGUGGAGAAAAAUAAUGGGAUCCCAAAAGAAGUGUUCGAAUUCGAGUACUUUGAUGACAAGUUGUUGGAGGAUCUUCUUGAGUUCGCUGAGAAGACGACUGGAAAAUAG